GAUCCUUUGUUAUAUUAUUUAAUAUGAAAUCGGCUUGAAUUUUCUGUUGGGUUUCUGAAUUUGAAUAAGAACUUCAUAAUCGCAAAUGUUUAUCUGGGGCGAUUAGUUUAGUGAUACAUAUUCUUUUUCUCCUUUUCAUUUUCCUGACAAUUUUAUUUAUUGAAAAUUUAGAGCUUGAUUCAUAGAAACAUAUAGGUCAGAUUUGCUUUGAAACUGGGUUCACUUAAUGGCAGCUAUUACCAAAUAUCAUGCUGUUGUUUUGGUGGUUACCUGUGUUUUACUUAUUAUCGUAAAUUCGUUAUGCUUGUAUAACGGUGUACCCUCCUUUAAGUCCGGCGGCAUUUCACUUUUCUUUCACCUCUUUGGCUUGUUGUCUUGUUGUCCUAGUUGAUGUGUUCUGUUUUUUUGCUUACAAUAUAAGUUGAAUUGUUGCAUGCUUUGAACUAGAUCAAAAUAAUUUGUUUUUCUAAUUUUCCUUUUAGUAAAUGUAGUCUUCUGUUGAUCUCCCGAGUCGCGAUUCACAAUUUUUCAUUGUUGCUUUUCUUCAUUCCGUUGUCUUAUUGACAUUUGCUUUUUUGAUUUGUGUUUCAAUAUAUUACUCAUGGAAUCCACGAUUAAGCAUGCUAUUGUAAUCAAGGUUAUAAGGCGGACUGGAUCUCGUGGGCAGGUGACUCAGGUGAGAGUCAAAUUUUUGGAUGACCAGAACCGUUUCAUCAUGAGGAAUGUUAAGGGACCAGUGAGAGAGGGGGAUAUCCUUACCUUGCUCGAGUCCAAGAUGGAGGCAAGAAGGUUGCGGUGAUCAAUCUGAUAUGGUCUUGUUUGUCGACGUUCCUACGUCUGUUUUGGUUAUUUGCAAACAAUUAUUAUUUAUGUUGGUGAAUGGCUGUUGUGUUGCCAUCUCUGGGUAUUACUAGCAUCAUAGGCCUGAUUUUUGUGAUGAGAUUUUGUUAUAGAAUCGUUCUAAACUAAAUUGUCUUAACAAUCUUUAAGUUUUGUUUGAAUAUGUAACAGUGGUCCUACUUUCUGUGUCAAA